AUGAAUAUUAAAAUAGUUUAUAACACAAAAACCCACAAAAUCUCAUCAAAAUAUUAAACCUUAGAAGAAAUCAAAAAUGCUAUAUAAAUCUUAUACCCUUAAUAAUUAAAUAAUGGAUUUGAUCUAUAUGUAACAUUGCAUCCCUGUAAACUUUUUAAAUAUUAAUAGAAAUGGAACCAUUUAAAAUUUUAGAUUAAACUUGUUUUAAUAGAAUCAAAGAUAUCUAAAAUCAGAUGAAUUGUCCAUCAAUUAAAUUUUUAGUUAAAGAUUCCACAAAUCCUAAACUAACCAAUGAUGAUCUUUUAGUAUUAAAUUAGAGUGUAAUUGUUCAAUCUACUAUUUAAUUAUCUACAGUCAUGAAUCUACUUCAAUAACCUCAAUAAUUAUAAAAAGAUGAGUUCUUAAAUUAGAAAUAAUAAUAAUAAUAAAUUAUCAUUGAAGAUAAUCAGCCUUAACAAUAACAAAAUUUAACUUAAGAGUAUAUAUAUUUUAAUAUGUAAAUUUAGAAUUAUCAAACAAAUUGAAAAGUAAGAGUUUUAGGUAUUAGAUUAUUAUUCUGAAGAAUUUAAAUAAUUUCUAAUUGAAAGAAUUGAUAAAAGAUUGUAAUAUCAUGGAAUAUUAUAAAAUGAGAAUGUAAAGCCUUUAUUAGCAAGAUAUAAAAUUGAAAUAGUAAAAUAUGACUAUAUGAUAUCUAAAAAUGUAAAUGAAAAAUUUGAAUGGUAAAUUGAAAUGGUCAAUAAAGGUGACAUUAUUUGGUAAAAAAAUUAAGUAGCACUUUUGGGACUUAAUGGACAUUUUAAAAAUGUUAAAAUUGAAGUAAAUUAAUAAAUUAAUUAUAAGUUAGAACAUGAUAUCAAUCCAGGAGAAACAGCUAAAUUAAAAUAUCUUUGUUAGAUGCCAAAUUAUGAAAUUUAGAAUUUUAAAAAUUAAUUUUAAGUAAUAAUCAUAUAAUUAUUAUAAUAGAUGACUUAUAUUGAAUAAAAUUAAAUUAAAUAUUUUGGCCCAAAAAUAUCACUAAUAAUUACUACUGUUAAAAAUAGUUAGGAUUAAAUGAAGGAAUAAAAAAUAAAGUAAUUGAUGGACAGUGCAGAAAUUUCAUUAGAAUAGGCUAUUGAAUUUAUUGAAAUGUAUGGAAGUGAGAAUUAAAUUGAAGAAAUUAUUUUAGCUUAUUUUGAACAACCUAAAUGA